CCGAUAUGAUGUUUGUUUAUGAGCAAUCUUGCAACAGAGCCUGGGAUGCCACAUAACAAGCUGACGCCCCUAGUCGCCUCCAUAUGUGGAGUCACACCAUGUGCACCCCACGGAGUUAAUUAAACCCCGGGAUGGGCCGGGUGGGCCAGCUCAGCAUGUGAGGUCUCAGGAACCCCAGGCACCUAGAUCAUGCUCUCAAUUCUCCGAGAAUGAACCUUCUGUUCUGAAUUCAGCUAGGCACAUAGCAGCAGCCAAACCGCAGGACCUCUCUCCAGCAUUUGACCCACCCCGAACGGCUAUUUCGCAGCGACGUCCCUGUGCCUGAACUAUGGGGCCAACCAACGAUGAGGCAGAAAUCGAAGGAAGAUCGGCUGGAGGCGAUUUGAUUGCCAUCGUAGGCAUGGCAAUGCGACUGCCCGGCAAGGUGCGCAAUGCGGAGGACUUCUGGAGGUUGCUGGUGGAGAAGAGAAGUGGUCUUUGUGAGGUGCCGCCAGAUCGGUACAACAGUGAUGCCUUUCAUGAUCCGGAUGGGAAGCUGGGAACAAUCCGUGCGAAACAGGGCUAUUUCCUUCAGCAGGUCGACAUUCGACAAUUCGAUAACACCGUCUUCACCACCUCCAAGAAAGAACUUCAGCGUCUGGACCCUGAGCAACGGCAACUCCUCGAAGUUGUAUACGAAUGUUUUGAGAACGCUGGAACUACCUCGUGGCGUGGUAGUAAGGUCGGCUGCUAUGUGGGUGUAUUUGGUGAGGACUGGCUCGACCUCAAUGCAAAGGAGACCCAACAUAUGGGGGGAUAUCGGUUUACAGGUUACGGAGACUUUGUGCUCAGUAAUCGCGUCUCUUAUGAAUUCGAUCUGCACGGGCCAAGCAUGACGGUGAAAACAGGAUGCUCGUCCUCGUUGGUCUGCCUAGAUCUGGCCUGCAAAGCAAUCCGGGCUGGCGACUGUGAGAGUGCUUUAGUGUGCGGGACAAGCCUCAUAUUCUCUCCGACGAUGACUUUGGCUUUGAGUGACCAGGGCCUACUAUCUCCAACUGGGACAUGCAAAACCUUUGAUGCAGCAGCCGACGGCUAUGCUCGGGGGGAAGCCUUAAAUGCCGUUUAUAUCAAGAAGGCUAGCCAGGCUAUGCAAGAUGGGGAUCACAUUCAUGCUAUCAUUCGGGGAACCAGGGUCAACUGUGACGGUCGGACCCAAGGGAUGACGAUCCCAAGUACUACUGCCCAAGAGGCACUGAUCCGUGAAACGUAUCAGGCCUGUGGACUCUACGAUGUUUCGCAAACGGCCCUGGUCGAAUGCCACGGCACUGGUACUCCGGUUGGGGAUCCACGUGAAGCUGCCGCGGUAGCCAAUUGUUUCGGCGAGAAGGGGGUGAUCAUCAUGUCGGUGAAGCCCAAUGUCGGCCACUCGGAGGGCGCAGCGGGCUUGACGAGUCUCAUCAAGGCCGUUCUCGCUCUCCAACACUGCCAAGUGCCCCCCAACAUCAAUUUCGACCACCCUAAUCCAGACAUUCCAUUUGAACAAGCCAGAUUGCAUGUACCAACUGAACUCGAGCCGUGGCCCGCAAAUCGUGCUGAAAGGAUCAGUAUAAAUUCGUUUGGGAUCGGAGGUGUGAAUGCUCAUGCUAUUAUUGAUUCGCCUAAACAAUGUGGAAUUGAGCCUAUGCGGUUCCCUGUGGGUGAAGGAAGACCACAGGAGAGCCAAGCGAAGCUCUUACUGUUCUCUGCCCAGUGUCGCGAUGCUGUUGAACGGUCUGUCAACAACCACCAGGAUUAUCUCCAGGGGAGUAGAGCAUCUAGCAAAGAUGUGGCUUACACUCUGGCUAACCGCCGCAUUCAUCACUCGUAUCGGGCGUACAUCGUGAUGAAUCCCGCACCACCACCAUCCCUUUCCAGCGUGGUUCGCAUUGGGCCAGUGCCAAAGGUUGCAUGGGUGUUCACUGGACAAGGAGCUCAGUGGCCUGAAAUGGGGGCGAGCCUCAUCAAUUCCAAUGCAACCUUCCGCCACACAAUCAGGAGGUUAGACAGGUUUCUGGCCUCUCUGCCCUCCGCGCCACCAUGGAACAUCGAAGAGGAGAUGCGGAAGCCCGAACAUGUCAGUCGCGUCUACCAAGCGGAAAUGGGCCAUCCCUUGACGAUCGCGGUUCAGCUUGGGCUGGUUGAUGUAUUGCAAUCCUGGGGUGUCACCCCAGUGGUGGUGCUGGGUCACUCUUCCGGUGAAAUGGCCGCUGCUUACGCUUCUGGUGCAAUCACCGCUGAAGGCGCCAUAGCAGCAGCGACCUUUCGCGGCAUCAGCAACGAAAGAUCCCCGCGCAAUGGUUUGAUGGCCGCGAUCGGGUUAGGGAGAGGAGAGAUGUCUUCUCUGUUAGAAGCUGGGGUGGUCAUUGCUUGUGAAAACAGCCAGUCAAGCGUUACUAUCUCAGGCGACGCGCUUCAGGUCGAGAAGGUGGUCAGUCGAGUCCAAUCGGAGCGACCAGAUGUUCUGGCGCGUGUAUUGCGCGUCCAAAAAGCAUUUCACUCUCAACGACACAUCCACCAGCUCAUUCAUAGCAACGAUCCCAAGAUUCCCUUUUAUUCCGCGGUCACGGGGGACAAACUGACUGGAGCUGGCUGUCUGGGAGCGGCGUACUGGCGUCGGAACAUGGAAAGCCCUGUCUUGUUCAAUUCUUCCCUUCGGUCGCUUCUCCGAGACUACAGUGAUCCUCUUCUGUUCAUCGAGAUUGGACCGCAUCCUGCACUCAAAGGCCCAAUGGGACAUGUGGUCCGCGAGCUUGGUCGGUCAGACACACAUCUCAGUACAUUGGUUAGACAGCAGAGCUGUGAGCCCUGUCUUCUCGACCUUGCCGGAAGACUUUAUCAGCAGAACGUUCCUCUGGACUACCAUCAGAUCUGUCCUCCUGGACAGCUUGUGACGGACCUCCCUCAAUACUGUUGGCAGCCCGAUUCUUCGCAUUGGAAUGAGCCACGCGUCGCCCGCGAAUGGCGAUUCCGUCAAUUCCCUCCGCAUGAGCUCCUGGGUGUUCGGGUAGCCGAGACUGGAAAUGAGCCUUGCUGGAGAAAUAUUCUGGCUAUCGAGAAUGUUCCAUGGCUGGCAGGCCAUGAAAUGGAAGGGCAGACGGUAUUUCCUGCUGGUGGGUUCAUAGCAAUGAUUGGGGAAGCCUUGCGACAAUUGGAAGGGGACCGGACUUACAGCCUUCGCCAUGUCACCCUCGCCUCUGCAGCUGUCAUGCAUCUCGACCACGCAACCGAGUUUAUCACCAUCCUCAGCGCCCUCGAUCCUGAUCCCACCGAGAAGACGACAUGGUACCGGUUUGGUGUCAAUUCUUUCGAUGGAACUACGUGGACUAGACACUGCUAUGGGGAGGCUAGAUGCGGCGUCAACGACUCAAUCUCCAUGGCCGUAUCGGAGUCACCUCCUUGCUUUGCUCGCAAACUCAAUGUAGAUACCUGGUAUGAAGUUCUCCGCCGUGUUGGAUUUGGGUAUAGCGGGAUGUUCCAAAGCCUACAGGAUAUCUCUGCCGCUACUACCGAGAACCGAGCGGCCGGCGUCAUUCCAGCUGAGCAGGGAGGAAUCACAGAUACCUACGCCCUGCAUCCAGCCCGAAUUGACCAGUGCUCUCAGAUUUCUAUCGUUGCAGCCCACCGCGGCAUAUUUCGGAGGUAUCGUCAAGUUUGCGUUCCCACUUUCAUUGAGGAGGUGGUCAUUUCGCCAACUAGUAAUAGCCUCAACAUCACAGCCGAGGUGCGAGCUGUGGAGAGAGGCUCUUAUGUUGCAGAUAUUGUAGCACACAGAGCCGGACAGAUUUUCCUGAGUUUGAAGGGCCUGAAAGUUUCAGCGUUGAGCAAACGAGAUGAGUCGACAAUGGACUUCCCGUUGAUCGCGCACUUCGAGUGGAGACCUCACGCUGAUUUCACUGAGUUGCGAGAUUACCUGCACUGCGCAAAGCAGUGCACAGAAGAUUGGCAUUUAUUGGAAGAGCUGGUACUUGCGUGCAUGAUUCAGACUCGAAAUCGAGCUUAUCGGACGGAUGAUUCACCGGAACACCUACAGAAGCACCUUGCUUGGAUAAAGACGCAGCUGGAAGUGUAUCAGACCGGCUUGAAUCGAAUAGUCUCCCAGGACCUUCGACUCUGGGAGUUAUGCGGUGAAGGUCUACAAGACAGGAUCGAAGACAUAAUCCUCCAACUCAAUGGUUCCCCAUACGAUGCGUUUAGCAUUGCUGUGCAUCGUAUGUGCCAGGCGUCUGCAGCAAUGUUUGCCGGUGCACAAGAUGCGUUGCAGCUUCUAUCAGAGGACAACCUACUCCAUAGUCUCUAUAGACUCGCAGAUGCUUGGGACUACGAUGGUUUAUUUCAACUCAUCGGUCACACAAACCCACGGCUGAAGGUGCUGGAAGUUGGCGCUGGGACCGGCACCACAAUGUUCAAGGCACUGAAAGCCUUAAGAUCGUCUUCUGGAGAACGCCUCUACAGCACGUACACUUAUACUGAUAUCUUGCCUGGCUAUGUCACAGCGGCCAAGGAGCGAUUUACCGAGUAUGAGGGUUUAGAAUACGUCGUAUUGGACCUACGUCAGGAUCCGCUGCAGCAAGGCUUGGAGCCUGGAAGCUACGAUUUGAUUAUAGCCAAUAAUGUCGUGCAUGCAACGCCGAGUUUGCAAAGGUCUUUGAAAAACGUCCGUAUGCUGCUUAAGCAGGAAGGCCGACUGUUACUGCAGGAAUUGUGCCCAGAGACGAAUUUUAUAAGCUAUGUCAUGGGCUUUCUACCGGAAUGGUGGAUCGGUCAAGAGGAUGAUCGCCUUGAGCAGCCGUAUGUGUCCCCGGAAAGAUGGUCGAGAGAGCUUGUGGAAGCAGGAUUUCAAACACCACACGCUUCUAUGCUGGACAACAUCCCUCCGUAUCAUCUCAGCGCCUGUAUGAUUGCAUCGGUAGCAAAUGCCCGUGCUGAGCCUCACGAAGUAACCCUGCUAUGUCAUGACCCUAUGGCACCGUGGGCCCAACGAGUAUUGCAUAGCCUCCAACGUCGAGGCAUCCGCGUCGAACCUCUCGGGCCGGGAAAUCUACCUCUGCCUGAUCAGGACGUCAUCUCGCUGAUUGACCUGGAUGACCCGGUGAUUCAUGCUAUGCCAGAAGCGAAGUUCAGAUCCACGAUGUCAAUGUUGCAGACAUUAAAGAGCAAUUUGAUAUGGGUAACGCGGUCAGCACAGGUGGGCUGUUCAGAUCCCAGGGCUGCCAUGACGCUAGGACUGGCUCGAACUGCACGGAACGAACUCGCAGUCAAGUUAUAUACUGUCGAAAUUGAUCACAGCCGUCCCUCGCAAACCACAGCUGACUGCAUCACGAAGAUAUUCUGUUGGAUAGCCACGAGGAACACUUCAGAGGCGAUGAGCUCAGACUGGGAAUAUGCCAUCGUCGAGAACGAGAUUGUUAUUCCAAGGAUGCAUUGGCAGACAGUUGCACAAUCGUACGAACAGUAUAGCUCGCCUGAUCGAUCGUCGAUCAAACAUCUUGCCAUCGAGAGUCCUGGUCUCCUGCGAACUAUAAAAUGGGUCGAUGGCCGGGAUGCGCAAGUGGAGGGAUGCAAUGUUCUGGUUCGGACCCAAGCUGUCGGCCUGAACUUCCGCGAUGUGCUCAUUGCAUCCGGUGUCCUCGACGAAAGCACCACGUUGCUUGGUUUAGAAGGAGCCGGAAUAGUUCAUGCUGUCGGCCCCGAUGUCCGGCAUGUGUCGGUCGGGGACCACGUUAUAUACAUGGGUACUGGAUGCUUUACCACCUAUAUGACACUUAACGAAUCCUGUUGUGUACAGGUAACGAAAUCCACGUCCUUCGAGCAAGCCGCUGCAUUGCCAUGUGUCUAUGCAACCUCGGCGAUGGCAUUGAUUGAAAAGGCAAAUUUGCAACGGGGACAGGCUGUCCUCAUUCACUCGGCGUGUGGUGGGGUUGGCCUAGCUGCUAUCCAGGUUGCCCGGAUGAUAGGCGCCGAGAUCUACUGCACGGUGGGAGCCGAGACAAAGGUCGAAUAUUUGGUUCGGAAUUGCAAUAUACCGCGGUCCCAUAUCUUCCAUUCACGUAGUUCAUCUUUCGUUAAAGAUGUUAUGGACGCCACCAACGGUCGGGGAGUGGACGUUGUUCUCAACUCGUUGACCGGCGACCUUCUCCACGCCUCGUGGACAUGUGUGGCCGAGUUUGGAGUCAUGGUCGAGAUCGGCAUUCGUGAUUUUCGUCGCAAGGCUAAGCUGGCGAUGGAACUUUUCGAAGCAAAUCGAACCUUCGUUGGACUUGAACUGAGGGAGAUAACGCGCGUCCGUCCCUGGAUAGUGACCGACAUUCUAAGACGUUGUGUCAACUGGAUCGAGGCUGGAGUGAUCACGCCCGACCCGAUCUCAAACAUCUUUCCGGCAGCAAACAUCCACGAGGCCUUCCGCUUGAUGCAGUCCGGUUCUCACAUUGGCAAGAUUGUGAUACAGAUGCCAGACGAUCCAGGGGUUCUGGGGACUAUGACAGUCAACCCCAGUCCAAUCUUCCAGCAAGAGCGGAGUUAUCUGCUUGUUGGCGGACUUGGUGGCCUGGGACGGGCUGUGGCUUCGUGGAUGGUUGAACAUGGUGCCCGCAACCUGGUCUUUCUGUCACGAACUGCCCUACACGCAGUUGAAAGUGAUACCUUUGUUGAGGACCUGGAAUCUCAGGGAUGCCGGGUCCAAUUGGUGGCUGGCAGCGUCUGUGAACUCGGUGAUGUGAAGAAGUGUGUUGCGCAGGCCACCGCCCCAAUUGCUGGCGUCUUGAACAUGUCAAUGGUGUUGAGGGACGUCUCUCUGGGGAAGAUGACAUAUUCUGACUGGGUAACCGUUGUGGAGCCCAAGGUGCAAGGCACUUGGAACCUCCAUAAUGUCCUUCCGUCUAAUCUGGACUUUUUCAUCCUCAUUUCAUCCUGCAGUGGCCUCUGUGGGCAGUGGGGUCAGGCAAACUACGCUGCUGCCAACACGUUCCUGGACGCAUUUGUGCAGUAUCGUUAUCAUCAGGGUCUUCCAGCCUCUGUCAUUGACCUUGGUGUGAUGGGCGACGUCGGUUUCGUGGCUCGCAACCAGAACGUACUGCGUCAAUUCCAGGAUACUGGAGCCUUUGUACUCAAUGAGGAUAUGUUUAUGCAGGCGAUGGCAUUGGCCGUGCAGCGAUCACACCCCGUUGCAAAUAAACUCCCUACGCAGACAUAUAGCAAUCCGAGCCAGAUUGUACUGGGCCUCAACACGGCCGUUCCUGCCUCCUCUCCGGCCAACCGGGUCGCAUGGAAGAAGGAUAUUCGUUUCGGCAUCUAUGGCAAUCUUGACGGGGGUGGCGAAACCUCUACAACGGCUUCAUCGAAGCCCAACAGUCUACGAGAAUUCCUCGCUUCCGCCGCCACACAGCCAAUACUCCUUGAAGAGGAGGCAGCGGUGAUGAAGAUCACUGAGGCUAUUGCAGUGGCUUUGGCUGAUUUCCUCAUGAGAGAUCAAGGCAGCAUUGUCCCCACAGACUCAUUCUCGAGCCUUGGGAUUGACUCCCUGGUGGUUAUGGAGAUCCGCAAUUGGGUUCGGCAACAUCUUGGCGUGGAUAGAAGUGUUCUGACGAUCCUUCGCUGCCCUUCGUUGUUCAAGCUGGCCGAGAGUAUUCGUGACGAGCUGCUUGGUCGGUUGAGUGGGUGAGCGUUCAUGGCAAUUUGUUACUAUUGUGCUGGCUUCUCUUUCAGGUGUCUAAAUUGACUGAUGACUUCCGG